AUGGCUACCCCGCAACAUGAGCACGGGGAUCGUGGUCCAUCACCGGAGACAAGCUUCGCCCUUGGCUGCCUAAGCUUUUCAUAUUCAACGGGUAGUCCGGAUGAAACGAGACGCCUCGGACAUAAGCAGUAUUAUGUGGACGGCAGCCUCUCCGACAACAAGCUGACCAGGUCAAUCACCUCAGUUCUCUUCUGGCCCUGUCGCGGCGUCAACGACUCUGAAAUUAUGGCUAUUAUUGUAACCGUCGCAGCAUUAGCUGCAAUUCUCGUUCAACUGGUUGCAGCAUCUCCCCUCAUGGAUACCCUCCUGCAGAUUCCCGACUUAUCUACCUACGCCGAGGUGUACAACCUGACCGGCGGUAUUGUAGAGAUCAAUCCAUUGUUUCUCAAACGCUAUAACUACGACGAAGACAAACGUAACUACACAUUCCUUGCUCCCACUAACAAUGCAUGGGCCAAGAUUCCCAACGCUAUCUUUGAUAUCCUUAUGACCCAACAAGCCUACCCCUUAACCGAGGCCCUCCUGCGCACACACAUCAUCGAGGCUGGUCUCACGGCUUCCGACCUUGUCAAGGUAUCUGAAAGUGAGGGUGCAGGAGGAAUAUCUACCUCACUCCAGGUGUCCAAUACUACCGAGCAAUACCACAACGGGGUUCUGACCAAAACAGUCCAGGGAUAUUAUAUUGACUCCGUCACUUCCUCGAAUGGCACUGUACAAAUCGGCGAUCAAUCUGCCAUUGUGAUGGCAAAUAUUGUUGCAGAUAAUGGCCUGAUCCAUGCGAUUGACCAGGUUAUUGACCCGUUCCUAAUCUAUGGCGGUGGGCCUAGCAAUCAGACAAUAGCCCCAACCAGUGAGACAACAGAUCUGACCAUUGGAGAGGUACUAAAGAGUGAUUCGCGCCUUGUAAACUCUUCGAAGAUUCUACUUGAGAACUCCCCAGAUACGUUGCGUCGGUUGUCGAAACAGACAGGCAGUAUGCAGUUUUUCGUGGCCCCACAAAAUGAGGCCUACGACUUGAUGCCUACGAUCCUUCCCAUAUUCCGUAAGUUCUCUCAUAUCGCGAAACCACAGAGCGAUUGGCUAACUUCAAGUCGAACAGAUACUCUCGUUGCUCCAUACAAAAGCCCAUUUAAUACUCUAAUGUGGCAAUAUGGCUGGCUUGACAGUGAUGGUGAUACCUUUGCGGGUCUAAAUUUCAGCAGUCCGGUCACAGUAGUCAGUGACAUAACAGGGCUUAAUAUUACUGUGACCCAAGAGGAGAGUGCUAUUUUCAUCAUGAAUGCAGGUCUCGUCACUCAAGUGAAGGCAUCCAAUGGGUAUCUGUGGAUUGUGGAUCGGUGGUUAGAUCCCCUGUAUCAAGCCUUUGGUCCCAUCGACCGAUUUGGCACACCAGAAUGGCCGUGA